AUGGCCCAGUGCAUGGACCAUAACCACCAGCAGACUCUGGUGGAGGCCCUGUCCCUGGAGCUGGAGGCCUCCAUGCAGUCCUCGGUGCUGAACGGGCUCCAGGAUGCGCUGUCGUCGGUGGGAGAGAGUCCAUCCUCCCCUCUCCCAGAAGCCACUGCAAAGUUGGGGGUGCCCUCUGGGAUUCCUGACUCGUCUGCCAUCGCGGGACAGGUGUUUCAGCUCAAGGUGCCUGUAGGACGAGACAACGGGAGCUGUCAUGCCCAUGUCACAGAGACGGGGAAACAGACACUACCCUCCUGGCUGCUGUGGGACCGUCAGCACUGCACUCUCCGCGGUUUGGCUCUGGAACAGGAUAAAGGCAUCUAUCACAUCUCUGUUUCUGAAAAGGCUUUCUCUGAUGAGUCUGGCUCUGAAGUUUCUCCAGAUACAGUGUUUUCUAUUGAAGUCCAUCCAGAGGAGCGGGCAGACAGCGAGCAGGGCCUCCUGACUGUCCAGAGCGACAUCAGUGGAGUUCAGCCAUUCGCCUGCGGCCCAGAGGAGCCCGUCACCGUCCUCACUGUCAUCCUUGACGCUGACCUGACCAAGAUGGCUGCCAAGCAGAGAGUCACAUUACUGGGUGUCAUGAAGAGAUUUUCCCAUGUUCCCAUUGAGCACAUGAGGGUAGUCCCUGUUGUCAACAACCGGCUUUUUGACAUGUCUGCUUUCAUGGCUGGACCAGGAAACGCAAAAAAGGUGGUGGAGAAUGGGGCUCUUGUGUCGUGGAAGCUCGGAUGUGCGUUAGACCAGAGCAGGAUUCCUGAUAUUAGUAGCGUACAGAAUUUGGCAAAGGACGGGACGAUGUCUACAAAACUUGGCUUCCCUGUUGUGGGUUGGCAUAUAGUCAACAAGAAACCGCAUAACAUCAAGAGAGUAAGGCGACAACUGUAUAAUACUCCAACCCCAGUUCCCUCAAUGUUACCACCAACCACUCUCCCCGAGCCGCCAGUUCGUCUCAUCCCAACCCCAACUUCACCUGCCAUUGCCUCUGCUACUGACUUGUCAGCUCCCCCUGUAAGAGGCCCUUUGCCCCUCCCAGUGAAGCCGACAAUGAGAGUCAGGGAUUCAAUUGCACACACACCAGUUUUUGGACCACCGCAACCCACCAGAGUCUUAGGAACUACAAGUACCAUUCCAAUCCAGCCCACCAUGACACGUCCUAUCAUUGUGGAGGCUACAGCUUCUCCAACUUUGCCGACCACAACAAAAAGACCCAAGACGGGAUCCACCAAAAAGCCCCCCAAGAAGCCAAAAACGUCUACACCUUCCCCGAGAGUGCCCAAGUCGACCACGCCCAAACCCUCAAAGCGGACCACGACUACAACUCAAUCGCCACCUCCAGAAAACACAAGUCCUGACAUCCGUAACCCCAUAGACCAGGUCAACGCAUGGGUCGGCACCUACUUUGAAGUCAAAAUUCCAACUGAUACGUUUUAUGAUAUUGAAGACGGCACGGCGGAUAAAUUGCGUCUGACUUUGAAGAAGACGCCAAAAGAAGGGGUGAGCGAGACCUCGUGGAUACAGUUCAACAGCACGAUCCAGCUGCUGUAUGGGCUCCCAGAGGCACAGCAUACAGGCAAGCAUGAGUAUUUCAUGUUGGCUACAGAUAAGGGAGGCAAGAGUAUUAUGGAUGCCUUUGAAGUACAGGUCAACAAGUGGGCAUCAAAUGACAAACCGUCCGCUGUAUUUUCCGCUCGGUUCCAUGGGGAUCCAGAAAGCCUCUCCAAUGACGUCCAUAAGAAGAUUUUAUUGACAAAAAAACUGGCGUACGCUCUCGGGGAUCGCAACAGCAGCACAGUGACGCUAAGAAACAUAACCCGUGGCUCGAUUGUGGUGGAGUGGACCAAUAACAGUCUUCAGCAGGGCUCUUGUCCGAAAGACCAAAUCACAGUUCUGAGCAACAGGAUCUCUGACCAUCAAGGCACUCCCAAGAUGGCGUUUAUCAAAGCCAUGGAGCCUGAGUUUAAACCUAUUAACAUCUCUGUGCGUGGGACCAAUAAAUGCCAGACCUUAUCAUUCAUUCCUCCUGCAGAAAUCCCCCUGCCUCCCGUGCCCACGGUCGCACCCACUCCGGGCACCGGGCGAGUGAGCAGUGGAGAUGACGUCUAUCUACAUACGGUCAUUCCUGCUGUUGUGGUCGCAGCGCUGCUUCUUAUAGCCGGGAUCAUUACCAUGGUCUGCUACAAAAAGAAGCGUAAGGGCAAAAUGACCAUAGAAGAGCAAGCCACCUUUAUUAAAAAAGGUGUUCCCAUCAUAUUUGCAGAUGAGUUGGAUGACUCGAAGUCGCCACCAUCUUCAAGUAUCCCGCUAAUCCUUCAGGAAGAGAAACCGCCGCUGCCCCCGCCUGAGUAUCCAAACUCGGCAGGGCCUCACAGCGCCUUCCUGAGCCAGGAGCUAGAUCUACUUGGGGAGUACUCCAUUUAUCAGGAUGAUGACCCUAAUGCACCUCCGUACCAACCUCCCCCUCCAUUCACAGUUCCCAUCGAGGGCAAAGGGUCUCGGCCAAAGAACAUGACCUCGUACAGGUCGCCUCCUCCCUAUGUGCCUCCCUAA